UCGAAUAAACUUGAAAAUUCGGAGAAAGCACUAAAUCUGACGCAAUCCGCGCCAAAUUCACAGUCAUUUUCAAUUCGAAAAACGGUGAAAUUGUGAUAGAAAAAUAACUGAUUUGUUCACCGAAUCCGGAAUACAUUAUCUCAAGGCUUCGACUUCCUUUGCAAUUAUUAAUGAGUAACACACACUCGAAAUAAUUAAUUUUUCUUUAUCAUUUUUAUCUCGUUUUAUCACCACUGUCUCGAGUUUGCACGUUGAGAGAGAAUAGAAUGAAAGAGAAUCACUUGUUUAAGCUAAUUUUGCACGAGUGAGUGGAUUUAUUGUGCAAACAACUUCGCAAGCAAGCACACAUGCGUCCACUUUUUCCCGAAAACCGAAUUGAACCCUGCUCGCCUAAAUCCACACAAAAAUGGACGCUAUUGGGGGUAGCUGCUACAGUUUGAACAUUUUAGAAAAUGAGAGAAAAAUCCGCGAGGAGAAAGAACGUGAGGACAAAUUCAACGAAACUGUGGGGAGUCGAGGCUCAAUCAGUCGCUAUGAGGGCAAAAGCUUCAAAACUCUUCUUCCGCAAAUGUUGGCUUCUGCCAUCGGAGCCCUAUUUCACGUCGUCGUCGGAAUCUCAUUCGCCUACUCUGCGAUUCUCCUACCCCAACUCAAUGCUGAAGACUCAGAUCUCAAGAUCACCAAAGAUCAAGGAUCAUGGAUCGCCAGUGUUGUCACAAUUACGAUUCCCGUGAGUGGGAUUACUUGUGGUUUUUUAAUGGACAGCAUUGGUCGUCUCAAUACCGUUAAAUUGGCGAUGAUACCUGCAGUGGUAGGAUGGAUCAUCAUCGCGACGUCGAAGAGCGUCUUGAUGAUGAUUAUAGGGCGGAUAAUCACAGGAUUCGCGGCUGCUUGGGGCACUAGUCCCGCCAUGGUCUACAUUACUGAGAUUGCUAGAGCCGAUAUGCGAGGAUCUUUGAUGUCUUUUGCACCGGCGUACACCUCGUUAGGUGUCGUUUUGGCCUAUUUCGAAGGCUGGUUAAUGAACUGGCGAACUGUAGCAUGGGUGUGCCUCGUCUACGCCAUUGUUCCCUUCAUUCUGGUCAUGUUUAUCCCCGAAAGUCCCGCUUGGUUGAUAGCCAAAGGCCGAAAUGAGCAAGCAAAGAAAUCCAUUAACUGGUUAAAUAAAUACCAACCACGAGUACCAAUCAGUGAUCAGACUUUUGCCCAAGUGCAAUUCGAAUAUUUAAUCAGAGAGCAUGAAGAAAAAGAAAAAGCGAAAAAUAACAAUGGGGGAUUCACAGCACGUGUGAAACAAUUACUAAAACCCACGGGAUACAAACCUUUGCUCAUUCUUCUGGGCUUGUUUGUGUUUCAACAGUUUUCAGGGAUUUACAUCACGCUGUUUUACUCUGUUAACUUCUUUGAGGAGGUGGGCAGCGGUCUUGACCCUUACUUCGUGUCGAUCCUCAUCGGCGGAGUCCGCUUCCUCAUGUCCAUCAUCAACACUUACAUGUUGAAAACCUUCGGCCGGCGAACUCUAAUAAUCUACGGUUCUGCAGCGAUGGCCGUUUGCAUGUUCGUCUCCGGCCUUUACACUUAUUGGAUCAAAGAAGGUGUCACUACAUUAAACUGGGUCCCAGUGGUGGCCAUCCUUCUAUACGUGGUCACAUCCAUGGUGGGUCUCUUGUCCAUCCCAUGGACCAUGACGGCCGAAUUGUUCCCUAUCGAAAUCCGGGGAAUGGCCCACAGUAUCGUCUACAGCACUGCCUACUUCAUCAUGUUUUUGUCAAUUCAAAGUUACAAUACGCUGAAGGAGACGUUUAAUGGAGUCGCGGGACUUCAGUGGUUUUUCGCAGUGACUUCGUUGGCAGGCCUGGUCUAUGCAUAUAUUUUACUACCAGAAGCUCAUGGGAUUAAGUUGGCGGAAAUACAGGAGUAUUUCAUGUAUAAUAAUGUUUAUAUAGGCGAGGAAGACAAAGAAGAGUGUGGAGAGGAAGAAUGAAGAACAGAAAGAAGAAUUAAUGAAAAACAAUGUUUGAUAUUUAUUUUUGAUGACAUGCAGGUUGCAAGACUGGUAAUUUUAGAUACUUAUUAUUUGUUUUAAAAUAAUUCUGUGACAGAUUUAUAAAUUGUAACAAAUAAAUGACGUUACAUUGUU